ACUUAGACCAUUAAUUCACACAGAUCUACCAGGUAACCAAGAAAAGUAGGAAAGUAAUGGUCUGGGUUGGAGUUCACUGUUAAUAAGGAAGAUUCUGCGUGACUUGAUGGUUGCUAUGUGGGAACAAUCAGAUCAGUUGAGUUAAUUCCAACCAUGCAAGAAAAACUCUAUAUGGAGGGGUAUUUUGCUUGUUCAGUUAAACCCAUGGGAGGUAGGUUUAUGUUACUAAGUUGCGAGGAUAAGGAGGAGCUGAAAGAUCUGGUGGAGAACACGACAGAUUGGCUAGAUCAGUGGUUUGAUGAGAUCAAACCAUAUUCUCCUUCAAUAGUUGCAAGCGAGGGAUUAGUUUGGGUUAAAUGCUUUGGAGUUCCUUUGAAUGUCAAUGGACGACUCUUCAACAUUGUCAUCAGGGAAGAAGAAACCUCUAAUAGCUUAUUUUCUAUGAAAUUUGAUCACGUCAUCUUCUCAAACAGUGAUAUAGAUGGUGAUGACACUGUUUCUUGGUCACUCUAUAGUGACUCCUCAGACGUGGAGGCAAGGAAAACAAUAGAAGAUGAAGAGUCUAUUAAUUGCGAAGAUUUUGAAAUCCCUGUUGAAAUUGGAGAGAGAGUUGUAGUGGGCCCUCAAGAGGUUGCUUGGGUUCAGGACUCAUCGAAAAUGGUGAAGAACCGUUAUAAAGAUCAAAUAACAUCAACGGACAACAGCAUUCAACAUAAUGUGGACCCAAAGUUGAACACAUGCUUUGAUGGGAACUUGGACUUGGGCUUUAAGGAUGGGUCUUCUAAGCCCAAUUCUGAUAUGGUCAAGCCAACCCAAAACCCCUCAAUGGGAAUGAAUCUGGACAACAAUGCAGGGAACACUACAAUCAGAAUCCACAGAAAGCAGCUAAGCGAAACAAAUACAGCAGACAACUUAAAGGAGAGGCAAUUAUAAGAAGAAAUGGAUAGCGAUUCAGGUGAAAUCAAGGAAUGGAUGUGUU